AUUUUUUUUUAAUUUGGCUACCUUCUGAUUGAUCACUCAAAUAUAUAACAAAAAUUUAAAAGAAUAGAAUUUUUAGUGACAACAAUAUUUUGAAUGCAAUAAACAAAAAACAUCAAUAAAAUUCGGCAAAUUAACAAAAUUCCUAGUUAUCUACUAAAUGGGCACCAACUACCAAAAUGUACCGUGCGCUCUACAAGACGAGCUCCGACGCAUAGCCAAUGCGAUAGUCGCACCAGGCAAAGGUAUACUGGCGGCCGAUGAAUCUCCCAAUUCCCUGGACAAAAAGUUUUCACCCUACAAUUUACCAAAUAACGAAGAAAAUCGACGUCAAUAUCGUCAACUCUUGUUUACGACCGAAAACCUACAAGACUACAUAUCGGGUGUUAUAUUACAUAACGAAACGCUAUACCAAAAAGCGGAUAAUGGCAAGACAUUCGGUGAUUUGCUGCGACAUCGUGGCAUAAUUGUGGGUAUAAAAGUGGAUAACGGCAUUGUACCCUUACCUGGUACUUUGGAUGAGGGCACCACAGAGGGUCUUGAUAAUCUCUACUGUCGUUGCGGAAAAUACAAACGCGAUGGUUGUGAUUUUGCGAAAUGGCGUUGUGUUUUGAAGAUCAAUAAGCAUACGCCCUCCUAUCAAGCCAUCGUGGAAAAUACGAAUAUACUUGCACGUUACGCUGCCAUAUGUCAGUCGCAGGGCAUGGUGCCGAUCGUGGAACCUGAAGUGCUGGUCGACGGCGAUCAUGAUAUCAUUAGAGCACAAAAGGUGACGGAAACUGUUUUGGCUGCUCAAUACAAGGCAUUGCAUGAUCAUCACGUAUUCUUGGAGGGCACAUUGCUGAAACCGAAUAUGAUAUUGCCUGGUCAAAAUAGUUGCCGAAAGAAUUCUCCAGAAGAAGUAGCUUAUUUAACAGUGCAAAGUUUUCUUAGAACAGUACCAGCUGCUGUGCCAGGUGUCCUUUUUCUUUCCGGCGGUCAAACGGAGGAAGAUGCUACGGUGCAUUUAAAUGCUUUGAAUGCCAUAAACUUGAAGCGUCCAUGGGAGCUCUCCUUCUCUUACGGACGUGCCUUACAAGCUUCGGCCAUGGCAGCUUGGGCUGGCAAAAGAGAAAAUAUUCCACUGGGUCAGGCCGAGCUUAGAAAGAGAGCUAAAGCGAAUUCGCUUGCCAGAAGUGGUAAAUAUGUUGCGGGUUCCAUACCACCCUUUAAGACGGAACAAUGUUUAUAUGUAGCCGAUCAUAAAUAUUAAAAAAAUCAAAAAACAUCAAGCAACAAUAACAUAAAUUAAUUAUACAAGUAUACAAAUUCUCCUGUAAAAACAAUCUUAACUCAUAAAAAUU